AUGUCUGAUCCAAUACAACAGUAUAACUCGAGGCUGAUCGAUGAUUUGGACUCGACGCACGAAAAUGGCCGCCAAGAAGAAGAAGAUCAGACUCACUUGAGCGAAAUACUAGAUGACUUGGAGAACGAUGGAAACAACGACCCGUUCUUACAGCUAUACAGAGAGAAAAGGAUGCAAGAGAUAUCAGACCAUUUUAAAUUAGUUGAGAAGAACGUCAGGGAGAAAAAUUACGGCAGACUACAAGAAUUGGAUGGAGAGUCUCAACUACUUAGUUUAUCGUCCAAAUGCCCAAAGCUGGUUGUCCAUUUUAUGGUAGAAAAAUUCAGCAAAUGUCAGUACAUGAAUGACAAACUAGAAAUAUUGGCGAGAAAGUACCUUACAACCAAGUUCGUAAAAAUAAGUGUUGAAAAUUGUCCAUUCUUAGUCGAAAAGCUUAAAAUUAAAGUUCUGCCAUUUUUAAUGGGCUAUAAAGAGGGCCAGGAGCGUUUUAGAUCAAUUGGGUUUGCAAAACUAGGUAACGAUCCCAAUGGUUUCCCCACCACAAAACUGGAAAACCUAUUAGAGCGAGCGGGGCUUGUGUCUCUUCAACCGAAGCAUGAAGACGGAACAGAAAGCCGUAGGACACGGGAGAGUGACGGACCUCAAUAUGCUCGAUACAGUGACAGUGAUGCUGGCAGCGAACUAGACAUCUGA